ACUCGAGCGGCGGUUCAGUCCAGUCGCGGAUCCGGUGUUGUGUGCACACGCGUCCUCGAAGCGACAGGUGGCCCAAAACGACCGUGCGACCAGCAACCUGUCCGGUGCGACCGUUCGGUGGUAGACCGAACAAUGUUACUGUGACACAACGUAGCGCGUGUUGAAAGUCGCCGUAACAAUAAGAUCAACGGGGUGAUGUGAAAUGUUCGACACAUGUCAGACGACCGCCGGUCCGAAAUGCACGGAGGUGGCGGAAAAGUUGGUGCAGCUGUUCGGCUGGCGGCAAACUUACAAUGUGGAGAAGCUGCAGCGGAACGUGCCCGGACGCGCCACCACACGCAUUUCGAUCACGAGACCCCGUGAAAAACACGUUAUAAAAGAGGGUGCUGAUUCAUGGGUCUCCGUACACAACUUGCAAUCACAAGGAGGCGGCAUUUUGGACCCCGAUGAUAGACUGAACGAUGUGGCCGACGAUAGGGAACAAAUAUUGGCUAGUUUUGAGGACGGUGAAGGUGCCCAUCUUCAUGGUGGAGGCGACGGAGCCAGCGGAAGCUCCGUCGGUACCGGAAGUCCAGAUAUCUUUCACGAUGGAGACCACAAAUACGGCCCACAUUAUAAUAGAACCGACAUAGAGGUUACUGGAGAACAGAUUGCUUCUGGAAUACCGGGAGUCCUACAAGUCCGAAGAGGCAGCGAACCAGCUCUGAACCAGCUUCCGGUGGGUCCGCCGGCUCCGUCCGAGCAUACGAAACGAUGGAGCGCCGCACCGCUCAUCCUGGAACCCCCGAGUUCGGGCUACGCCAGCCCCGACUGGAUGGAAGAGUCCCGCGAAGAGGAGGAAGACACCGGUUUCCGACGGGUGGGUCAGAACGGCAGUAACCGGCUUUCGAUGCAAUUUCUCGGCGACGGUGCCGGUUAUCGGUGGGCCGAGGCGGCCGAUCGGGCGGCCAGAGGACACACGAGUACGUCUUUGCCGCGUGAAAGUAAACGAAAAGAGCCGUUGGGACAGGCGAACAACUCCACGAGUCCCGUUCCGCCACCGUCGCAGUCGAACGGAGAGUUGAUUGUCAUUAGGAACGAGCCGGGUCCUUUGGGUAUCCACGUGGUGCCCGAGUACGAUCGGCUGGGCAAAGAUCGUGGGUUACUGGUGCAAGGAAUCGAACCAGGCGGCAGGAUCGACAGGGACGGGAGGCUGGCGAUUUACGACAGGAUUGUCGAAAUCAACGGCACGAGCCUGAUCAACAUGCCCUUCCAAAGAGUCCAGGAGAUGUUUAAACUUUCACUUACUUCUCCGGAACUAAGACUGAAAGUAAUUAAGGCAUCGGGCUUGGAAAGUCUGCGCAAACCACCGGCUCCGGUUUAUCCCAGCUACCCCGACGAUAAGGAGAACGUGUCUAUGGUGGAGUGCGAACAGAAACGUAAGAUCAAUCCCCGUGAACCGUACAAUACGUCGAAUAAUAUAGGCAUGCCCGUUGCAGAGAGUACCAGUACUAAAGUGGCUACUGUGUCUCCUACAAAGAAAAUUCCAGCUAUUUCGAAAAAUAUUAAAGGUCUUCUAGUGAACAACACUAGGAAGAUUGGCAGAAAAAUCGAAAUUGAAUUAACGAAAGGUCCCCACGGUUUGGGAUUCAGCAUCACGACAAGGGACAAUCCCGCCGGCGGGAAUUGUCCCAUCUACAUCAAAAAUAUUAUACAUAAGGGGGCGGCUGUGGAAGACGGCAGACUGAAAAUUGGUGAUCGGUUGUUGGAAGUGAACAACGUCGAAAUGACAGGAAAGAGUCAGACCGAAGCUGUGGCAGUAUUAAGAAACGCUCCUCCAGGCAGCAAAGUUCGAAUUGUGGUAUCCAGACAGGAAGAUGUCCCUGAUAAUACCUUGCCGAGAAUAAUGGACGUUGAAAAUACUAAUGAAAAAGAAGAACGAGCACCGGAGGCGUUCGGUAGUGGUGCCAGUAACGACGUACCCCCUAAUAUACCGCCUCUGCCGCAAAGUCACCUUCAAGCUCUACAAAACAGGACUGUAGAAAAGAGCAAUUCGGUAGCCAAAAUGAUUUCACACUUCCAAGACGCAGCCAACACUUCUUUAAACGGUCCUGACAAGUCGGACGAAAACGCAGUCUUCCCAUGGAAGCAUCGCGAAAUUUUGACUUUCAACAUCCCAGUCCACGACUCUGAAAAGGCGGGCUUGGGAAUUAGCGUUAAAGGCAAGACGAGUGGUUCCCAGGAUUUGGGAAUCUUCAUUAAAAGUGUAAUAAACGGCGGUGCGGCAUCCAGAGACAAAAGACUGAGGACGAACGAUCAACUUUUGAAUGUUAACGGCAUUUCUCUGCUGCAACAGUCCAACAGCGACGCCAUGGAGACUUUGAGAAAGGCUAUGAUGCAUACCGAAGGCCCCGUACCUGGAAACAUCACGUUAACCAUCGCCAGAAGAGCGUCUUCUCCCGGUGCGAAUAGAAGUUUCAACAGAUCGAACGAAAGUUUGCUCAAUAAAUCGAACAGUUCUCAACACGAGUCGUACAAGUCCAAUGACGGGUACAAGUCUGGGGAGUCCACGGAUCCUUCACUGAACGACAAUUCGGAGGCGAGUGGUGGGUCAACUAAUACAGUAAUAUUUAAUCCCAAUCAGAACGGCAUGCAUAAUGCGCCUUUGAGUCCUAUGCAUACGUGGAAUCCGGUUUUAGAGAGACUUACCGGAAACAACAAGCAAUUGAGGAAUGAAAGCUACUAUAAGGCUGCUCAUGAUAGUUGGAGUAAUAGUAUGAUGGGGAAUAAUUCUUACGGUAAUAUGACAACGACCACCGUAAAUAUGGCGCCAUCAGAACCCAUUUUAAUUGAAGAUGAAUAUGGAUCAAGAGUUAUGGGUCAUCAGAACUCCAAGAUUAAUAUAAAAAUGACGAACAAAACCGUUUCAAAUGGUAACACACCAGAGAAUCGCAGUGAUCAUGAACCAGACGGCAAAGCCAGCCUCUCCACUGGCAACACAGAUAAAAGCACAGAAAAUUCAUCACAAUCCUCAGUUCAACCAAGUGAUGCGACUUAUGCAAGUCAGUUAUCAUUGGAAAAUCACCAGGGAUUCUCGAGGGAUGCUUUCGGCAGGCAAAGUAUGUCCGAAAAGAGACAUGCUACCUUGGAUGCCAAAAACACAGAUACUUAUCAGAGGACGAAAAAACUGCGCGAGGAGAGGAUCAAAAAAGAGACUAAUUUAGUGCGAGUUGGUUCGGUGGAAUCAGUUAUAAGCGUAAAUCGCUCCUCCGAUCAUCCUGAGUAUGCAGACAAAUUGGGACAAUUAGGACCAUCACUUGGAAUGAAAAAGUCCUCAAGUUUGGAGUCCCUUCAAACAAUGGUCCAAGAGAUUCAGAUGCAAGAAGAGGGUGACCCAGCCUACAGCUAUAGAGGACCGAGUGGAGCUUUAAAAGUAAUUCGCGGAAGAGGCUGUGAAGAAAGCUUUAGAGCUGCAGUCGUCGAUCCCAAUCAUAGAAGUGAAAUUGGUGCAAAGAAACAUUGGCUGCUAGACGGACCAAUGGACAACGAGAGAGAAAUCGACGGCUUUACCAAUUUACGAGGUGCUCCCCGACAGUCUUCCCUAAACGCAGCUUUGGACAGCAAAAUUAAAGCUGGCAAGAAAAAGCCUGGUAUUCUAAAAGGCAUUGGUUCGAUGUUUCGAUUUGGCAAACAUCGUAAAAUGGAUUUCCCGACGCUUGAAACACAAACUUACCACCAGACGAACGAAUUCGAUGCUAAUGCAAAUCCAACCCAACAGCCACAACAAAACAACGACAAUGACAACCAAAGCAACAAUUCGGAGAGAGUAGCUGAUCAGCAGCAGCAACAACAACAACAACAAAAUCAAAACGUAGCCCAGAAUCAACAUUCACAUUCACCGCAAAAUUCGAUGUCGCAACUGCAGCACCAGCAGCAGCAACAGCAACAGCAGCAGCAACAACAACAACAUAAUGUGCAACAACAGCACUCUUCGCAUCAGCCGAUUUAUCCCAGACAAGGGUUUAUACACCGACAUGCCGAGCAAGUGCAGGUGAUCCCGGAGAACUCUGUGGCACCUCCAGUGAAGUACCGAAGCGGUAACUCCGGUUCAGACCGAAGGAACGAUCGUAAAUUCCAGGAUCAAAGAUCGAACCAAAGGCAUACGUAUUAUCAGCCGGAUGAAAGAGACGGUAUCUACGACCACCGUCAGCAACAGAGAAAUGAUAAUGGAUAUGGGGAGUACUAUGGCAGACCUGGGAGUCGUUCUGGCAUCACCGAAUCAGUACCGUUCACCCACUACGUGAAUUACAACGAAUUACAGACCCACCUCAGCCGCAAAGAACCCCUAUCUGAAAGUCAGAUAGUUCAGAUGCGCCUGCAAGUUCAACAACAAAGAUUAAAGGUGGAGGAAGAAAGUCGGAAACAACAUCAGUACCACUCCCAACGUCAGACCAGAACUGAUAACCAAUUAAGGCCAGUUUCUAAUUAUUACGAAUAUGAAAGCGUGCAAUCAGUAUUAAAUAUGAGAGGGAAUCGACAAAAUAAUCCAAUUCAUAACAUGCAACCUGCCCAACCGCCACCGAUGUAUCAGGACGCGAAUUCGAAUUCGUUACCCCGCCAACAGCAGCAGGUUCAGGGCAGGAUGAAUACGAGAAAUAACCAGCAAAGAGGGCCGUUCGUUACGCACGUCACGAUAGGCGAGCACCAACAAAACGGGACUAAAGUGUAAAUAAUAAUAUUAAUAAUAGUAAUAAAUAUAUUGUUAUAAAUAUAUAAUGCUUAGGCUUCAGCCUUUUUUAUUCUUUUAUUGUAUUGUAUAUAAUUCUUGAAAUUUUUAUUGUACAUAACUAUUAUAUAUAAAUAAAUUUUAUACACAAA